AUGCCCUCUCCUCUGGUUUCUGUCUGCUUCACCCCAGCAGAGUGGGCCCUGCUGAAUCCGGUCCAGAGGACUCUCUACAGGGAAGUCAUGCGGGAGAACUACGGGAGCGUCAUCUCUCUGGGUAAGGAGCUUUCACAAGGGCCAAAGAGACCUUUUGAAUGCUCAGAGUGUGGAAAGAGGUUCAGUGAGAGACGGAAACUUCAAAGGCAUCAGAGAACCCACACAGGGGAGAGACCUUUUGAAUGCUCAGAGUGUGAAAAGAGGUUCACUGAGAGACAGAAUCUUCAAAGUCAUCAGAGAACCCACACAGGGGAGAAACCUUUUGAAUGCUCAGAGUGUGGAAAGAGGUUCAGUGAGAGACAGAAUCUUCAAAGGCAUCAGAGAACCCACACAGGGGAGAAGCCUUUUGAAUGCUCAGAGUGUGGAAAGAGAUUCAGAUGGAGUGGCCAUCUUCAAAGUCAUCAGAGAACCCACACACGGGAGAGACCUUUUGAAUGCUCAGAGUGUGGAAAGAGGUUCAGUGAGAGACAGAAUCUUCAAAGUCAUCAGAGAACCCACACAGGGGAGAGACCUUUUGAAUGCUCAGAGUGUGGAAAGAGAUUCAGUCGGAGUGGCCAUCUUCGAAGUCAUCAGAGAACCCACACAAGGGAGAGACCUUUUGAAUGCUCAGAGUGUGGAAAGAGGUUCAGUGAGAGACAGAAUCUUCAAAGUCAUCAGAGAACCCACACAGGGGAGAAACCUUUUGAAUGCUCAGAGUGUGGAAAGAGAUUCAGUCACAGUUGCAGUCUUCAAAGUCAUCAGAGAACCCACACACGGGAGAGACAUUUUGAAUGCUCAGAGUGUGGAAAGAGAUUCAGUCAGAGUGGCCAUCUUCAAAGUCAUCAGAGAACCCACACAGGGGAGAAACCUUUUGAAUGCUCAGAGUGUGGAAAGAAAUUCAGUGAGAGGCAGAAUCUUCAAAGUCAUCAGAGAACCCACACAGGGGAGAGACCUUUUGAAUGCUCAGAGUGUGGAAAGAGAUUCAGUCGGAGUGGCCAUCUUCGAAGUCAUCAGAGAACCCACACAAGGGAGAGACCUUUUGAAUGCUCAGAGUGUGGAAAGAGGUUCAGUGAGAGACAGAAUCUUCAAAGGCAUCAGAGAACCCACACAGGGGAGAAGCCUUUUGAAUGCUCAGAGUGUGGAAAGAGAUUCAGAUGGAGUGGCCAUCUUCAAAGUCAUCAGAGAACCCACACACGGGAGAGACCUUUUGAAUGCUCAGAGUGUGGAAAGAGGUUCAGUGAGAGACAGAAUCUUCAAAGGCAUCAGAGAACCCACACAGGGGAGAGACCUUUUGAAUGCUCAGAGUGUGGAAAGAGGUUCACUGAGAGACAGAAUCUUCAAAGUCAUCAGAGAACCCACACAGGGGAGAAACCUUUUGAAUGCUCAGAGUGUGGAAAGAGAUUCAGUCACAGUUGCAGUCUUCAAAGUCAUCAGAGAACCCACACACGGGAGAGACAUUUUGAAUGCUCAGAGUGUGGAAAGAGAUUCAGUCAGAGUGGCCAUCUUCAAAGUCAUCAGAGAACCCACACAGGGGAGAAACCUUUUGAAUGCUCAGAGUGUGGAAAGAAAUUCAGUGAGAGGCAGAAUCUUCAAAGUCAUCAGAGAACCCACACAGGGGAGAGACCUUUUGAAUGCUCAGAGUGUGGAAAGAGAUUCAGUCGGAGUGGCCAUCUUCGAAGUCAUCAGAGAACCCACACACGGGAGAGACCUUUUGAAUGCUCAGAGUGUGGAAAGAGCUUCAGUCACAGUUGCAGUCUUCAAAGUCAUCAGAGAACCCACACAGGGGAGAGACCUUUUGAAUGCUCAGAGUGUGGAAAGAGAUUCAGUCGGAGUGGCCAUCUUCGAAGUCAUCAGAGAACCGACCGGGGCCCCGCCGCCAAGUUCUGUGAGAGCCCCGCCCCCGAGAGUCGGGCCGAGACCGUCCGUCGCCCACAUCGACGCCGCCCGCGCCUGGCUCACCAAGCACUGCAAGAAGCCCAGGAUGAUCAGAGCAAUGAGGAGGGUGAGAAACUGGAUCAGCAGUUCCCAGAUCGAGUUGAAAAGGUGGACUUGAAAGAAAACAUCAGGAAUCCAGGCAGACCUAAGACAAAGAUAGGCAGCCAUACAGCUGAGAAGAGAGAUGGAAGACGACAUAAUGCACGUUUUCCAAAGCAGAGGAUAAUGAGGGAGAGACCUUUUGAAUGCUCAGAGUGUGGAAAGAGAUUCAGUCGGAGUGACUCUCUUCAAACUCAUCAGAGAACCCACACAGGGGAGAGACCUUUUGAAUGCUCACAGUGUGGAAAGAGAUUCAGUCAGAAUGGUCAUCUUCAAAGUCAUCAGAGAACCCACACAGGGGAGAGACCUUUUGAAUGCUCAGAGUGUGGAAAGAGAUUCAAUCACAGUUGCAGUCUUCAAAGUCAUCAGAGAGCCCACAUAGGGGAGAGACCUUAUGAAUGCUCAGAGUGUGGAAAGAGUUUCAAUCACAGUGGCAGUCUUCAAAGGCAUCAGAGAACCCACACAGGGGAGAGACCUUUUGAAUGCUCACAGUGUGGAAGGAGAUUCAAAAGUGAAAAGAGAAACAGUCAGAAUGGCAUUCUUCAAAAGCAUCAUAGAACCCACACAGGGGAGAGACCUUUUGAAUGCUCAGAGUGUGGAAAGAGAUUCAGUCAGAGCAGCCAUCUUAAAAGUCAUCAGAAAACCCACACAGGGGAGAGACCUUUUGAAUGCUCAGAGUGUGGAAAGAGGUUCAGUGAGAGACAGACUCUUCAGAGGCAUCAGAAAAUCCACACAGGGGAGAGACCUUUUGAAUGCUCAGAGUGUGGAAAGAGGUUCAGUGAGAGACAGACUCUUCAGAGGCAUCAGAGAAUCCACACAGGGGAGAGACCUUUUGAAUGCUCAGAGUGUGGAAAGAAGUUCAGUGAGAGACACAAUCUUCAAAGUCAUCAGAGAACCCACACAGGGGAGAGACCUUUUGUAUGUUCAGAGUGUGGAAAGAGAUUCUGUCAGAGUGGCAGUCUUCAAAGUCAUCUGAGAACCCACACAGGGGAGAAACCUCCUGAAUGCUCACAGUGUGGAAAGAGAUUCAGUCACAGUGGCAGUCUUCAAAGGCAUCAGAGAACCCACACAGGGGAGAGACCUUAUGAAUGCUCAGAGUGUGGAAAGAGAUGUUUUUUCAAAGCUGAAGUGUGGAACAGUUUUGUUAAUAAGUGUGUCUUCCAUUCCAGAGCCGAACCAGAGACUGGGGAGGUGGGCCUUUGA